AGAUCAAGUACGUGGGUUUAAUUCUUCCGUUACGCUCGAGUAACCAAACGGCAGACUGCUAUCGAAUAGCUUACAGACCUUUUUAUUCAAGUUCACGAGAAGAUGAGCUCGAAAGAAAAGAAGGACAAGACUCAGAAAGAGAGUAAGAAGGAGAAGAAAGAGAGAAAAGAGAAAAAAAAGAAGAGAGACUCGAAGGAUUUAGAAACGUCCUCAAAUGACUUCACCGUGGAAAACGAAGAAAAAGAUGGAUCCUCAUCAAACUCAAAAUCUGUGUUUGGAAUGUUCAGACGAAGUGGACGGAAAGAUAAAAGAAGUUCAAAACACGGCUCCUCGGACAGCUUGAAGAGACUAAGUGUUGAUUCAACUGAAUUUGGCGACAGGCGCUCUAGUGGUGUUUCGAUCGAUGAGUCAGCGAGUGUCAAAGUUUCAACACCUAGCACUGAAGUUGUUAAGGAAACUGAGAAGCCAGAGACACAGAGGGACCAGCCUUCCGAAGUGAAAAUUGUCAGUGCAGCUCAUCCAGCUCCGGUGGAAAAUAAAGAUUCUGAGAGACCUGAUGUUCCCCUAGCAGCAGAGAUUCUCAAAACCGUAGAUACUAUGAUGGCGAACAAUGGGGAGGAGGAGGUUCAAACCAAAAAGGACGAGGAAGAAUCAGUUAUAACGCCAGAUAAUGAUAAGGGAAGCCUAAAGCAAGAAGAACAAAUUGCUGAAAAAGAACCAGAACCUGUAGUUGAGAUGGAGAGUCAGUUGCAAGAGGCUAACACUAAAGAACAUAAGCAAGAAGAAUCAGUGAAUGAACAGGUGUUAAAACCCGAUAAUCCUGAUCAGGAAGUACUCCUGAAGAUUGAAAAUGGUCCUGCAGUAGAAAAAGAAGAAGUCCAUUCUUUAAAAAAGGGGCAGCAGAAAGAAAAUCAAUUCCAAAUGCAAGUCGAAGAAUUUCUUAAACUUAAUGCCAAAGUCGGAGAAGUAUCGUCGCCAAAAGCUAAAAGUGAGGAGCAAAAUGAGAAGGAGAUUGGAAAUGGUCCUACAGUAGAAAAAGAAGAAGUCCAUUCUUUGGAAAAAGGGCGGCAGAGAGAAAAUCAAAUCCAGUUGCAAGUCAAAGAAUUUCUUAAACUCGAUGCUAAAGUCGGAGAAAUAUCGACGCCAAAAGCUGAAAAUGAGGAGCAAGAGGAAAAGGGAGAAAGGAAAUCUGUUGAAGAUUCAGAGCGAAGGUUUAACGUGAUCCAUAAAACGCCUCCAUUUAAGGGGGAAGGCACCUUUACCACAAGCACCCCCAAGCGUGAAUCAACCAAAAGAGCGCAGGUUGAAAAAAGCCGUGGCCCUGAAAUUCAAGUCCAGUCGACUAAUCAUGCAGUAAAAGGAGACAAACAAACAUCCGUAGUGGAGUUUCACUUUGAAGCUCAAAUCGGAAAUGACAUCAAAGAUGCAAAGUUCUCUACAGAAGUACUCCUGGCCCAGUUGAUAGAAGUUAACAAGAAACUUCGCAUGUUGCAAGAAGAACUGCUUGAGUUUCGGAAAUCAAACGGUAAAUUGGCAUAACUACAGAAACUCUCUAACUGAUGCGACUCCUGAUAAAUGUAGGAUGUAUUUUUUUUUUUGAAGUUUAAUGUUGUGUAACGCGGGAGAAAGGUUUGUUUUGUUCAUUGCCUUUAGGUUCUUUUCUUUUAGCUUUGGAACAAUUUUCCCAAACUGGCUCACUAAAAUUGCAAGGUUUUUUUUAGAGUCUUCGUGCUUAUUCUACCUGUUUUCAUUUUUGGAACAAAAAGAUAGUCUCAAGCAAGCAACAGCCUUUUGUAAAAUUCCAUAUUCUUAGUAAUCAUCAGAAUAUUCUUGGCGGAAAUUCAUUGUUUAGCUGUUAGUCUGUGUAACGCUGGAUCGGAAAACUACCCUGGUCAGGCUGGUCAAUAAAAAGCAGUUCCUGCACUUUAUUGUUU